AUGGAUCUUCCAAGCAAGUAUCAUCCAAAGACACAUACACCAGACAUAGAUAUCAAUAUCAUAGGCACUCCAAGCAUUGAUCUCGAAUCGCUAGGUCACAUAAGAGUCCGUGAGAGAAAACAUUAUGAUCUGGACAUGGUACAAUUGAUGUUGAUCCCUAUGAUAGAAACUUCAGCGGGAAAUUGCGACUUCGCGAGGAUGGCCAAAGAAUGCUCCACUAAAAGCAACAUGUGUUUUUUGUGGUGGGCCGGAAAAUGGAGGGCAGAAGGUAAUAACAACGUCAAACAACAGCGCAGACAGCAAUAUGAUGGACUCUUCUCAUAA